UCCAGCUUGAUUCCGCCACUCGUGUCCUUGGGCGCUUGUCCUCCUCUCCUCCUUACCCGUGCUGCUUGCUCUCUGUCUACUGGCGCUUGAUACGACUAUUGUCUACCGGACGUACCUCAAACGCGAGCAAUCACCCCCGCCCUCCAACCGAGCGCGCUCCAGCUAUCGCCGGUCACCCUGCAUCAGGGUCAAGUUGAACGAUCCCACCAAGACGCCUACUCACAAGUCUUCAACCAUGAUGCGCUCCGCACUAAAGCACUCGGCUUCUCGACCGUCGAGCCAAUAUACACCUAGCCAGCCGCCGAGCCAACACACCCCCUCGCGCCCCCCAUCACCAACGUCACCCUCCGACUCACCUAUGAUCUCGCGCGUGCCUCUGCCAAGCUCGCCAGAGGGCGCUCAUGCUACACUACCGGGUGCUUCCACGUCGACCCUUGGCACGUAUCACGCAGGAAUCGCACACUCGUCGAGCGGAUUAGGGUUGAGUGGCCACAACCCGCAUCACCACGCACCGGGCACGCUCUCCAACCUGCCGACGCCAACGUUCAGCACCCCCGGGGGCCUGACGCCGGGAAGCGCGUCCGCGUAUGGCGGGCUGACGCCUGGAACCCCUGGCCCCCACAGCGGCCUCCAUACGCCAAUUGCGCUGCCGAGCUUCUCCCCCAAGGUCUCCUUUGACACCUUCGAGAACCCGGCCGCGUCCAUGUUCUCGUUCACGCUGAGCGUGAAAAGCGAGGGCUACACUCGCACCCGGUCUACGCGCGUCUUCCUCUGCGCGGCGAGCGCGGACGAGAGUGGAAGGGAGGCGCUGGAAUGGAGCUUGGAGACCCUCGCCCAGGACGGAGACGAGCUGAUCGUGUGCAGGGGCGUGGAGGAGGAGGUGCUGGAGAAAGACCACGACGAGGUGCGCGAGGAGGCGCGGCAGCUCAUGAUGGAGAUACAGGCGAAGAGCGUGGAGUACGAUGAGGGACGGAAGCUUUCCCUCAUCCUCGAAUACGUGCCCACGCGCUCGAUCACGAGCACGCUCGACCGGCUCAUCGCGCUCUACCGUCCGGACUCGGUGGUCGUGGGGACGCGGGGGAAGCGUACGUGGACGAACGCCCUCGGCGGGUCGUCGAUGGGAGUCGGGAGUGUGAGCAAGUACUGCCUCUCGCACUCGCCCGUGCCGGUGAUUGUGGUGAGGCCGGAGCGGAAGGUCCGCAAAGCGAUUGCGAAGCGGCGCGCCGAUCCCAAGCGCGGACGGCAUUUCGACGUCUAAAGCGUCAUCGUCCUGUCAGUUAUCAUAUUUGUCGGACACGUCUUCGCAAUUGCAUGCACUAUGCCUCGUUAUACCUGUAAUUCUCACGUACCAAGAGGCUCACUGGCAAGCCUUGUGCAUGUUUCUUCUUUUCCGGUGGUGGCCAGCUAUUAGAAUACUCACGCUGUAGAGCGUACACUCGAGGUUGGAUGCGAGCCUGCAUUCAGACGUUUAGAGGGUUGUGUGUCGGUCGCAAUGCCAGAAUUCGAGCCCCUCGAAGUGUCCCGUCGUAGCGCAAGGAUCGGGUUGAUGAAACAUUGGAUAUUUUCCGGAGUAGCACACCGGCAUCUGCCUGCAGGAUCUAUGCUCUACUGUUGUCCAUGGAUUGAGAUAUGUUACCUUAGUUCGAAUGGAAGUACCUGCGGAGAGCAUGUAUAGUACUGAUGCUC